UAUCGGGCCGCGGGACUGGACGCACAACUGACAACUCGCGGUCGCAUUAUAAUAAACGACGAAUUAUAAUAAAACCGACGAACUCGUAUCUCAAAUCAAGUGUUUGAAGUAAUACAACAACUAUUAAAAAUAUAAGUGUUUUGAUUACUAAAAUGUUAUCCGUCACUUUUGUCAACAAACGCUCAUUUACUAUCGAUAUGUUCUCGUAACCCAACGUGCGUGAAAGUUUUCUUACCAAACUGGUUCAACGACCUUAACCUCGCAGGUCGGCACUGUCCAAAAAAUAUUUGUAAACAUGGAUUCCUUAGAUUCGUACAUAGCGUACAGAAUCAAGGAAAAUCUAACAAACGAUAUUUUAUACAAUGCAACCGAUACAGUUGACACUCCCACACGUACUUUUCGACAUAUUUCGGUUAUUUGCCAGUUGAUUUUGACAGCCAGUUACCUCAUCGGCAUCGUUGGUAACAUUGUCGCUCUGCUUUACCUCUGCGAGAAGAAGUCCAGGAACAGGAAACAUGUCUUCAUGUUGAGAUGUCUCUCUUGCAACGGACUUGUGGCUCUGAUAGGAAUGCUGGUGCAGAUGAACCUGGAAUUGUAUGUUCCUCAAGGUUUUGGAGGAAAGUACAGCUUCUGCGUCCUUAGGGUCAUUUGGAGAAUGUUUGGAUUGGUGGCGGGAUGCAUUGCGAUUGUUAUGGCUGUUGAGAGGUUCCUGGCUUUGACUCAUCCUUUUCUUUAUCAAAAGCGUGUGACUUACUCCGUGAUACGCCGUGCUAUUUUGGCCCUUUGGCUUUGGGCCGCAUUGCUGAGCUGUUUGCCAUUUUUUGGCUUUGGCAUCUACUACGAUUCCGAAAAGGACCAAUGUGUUCGGUACAGAGAUGCCAAGGAGCCUCUACAUGUCGCCUACGCAUUCCUGUUCUUCGCUUUCGGUGUUCUUCUUUGGUUUUGUCUGGUGUGGUGCAACCUUGGCGUGAUAAGGGUUCUAUGUCGAAUUGGUUCAGGAGAUGGACGGAAGUUGGUUCGACGCAUCAGCCGAAAUUGCAGCAAAGGUAAACAGCCGAUGAUGAACGACAAUCAUGCUUCAACUCCGGAUGAAAUUGCAUUCGCAAAACUAAUGGCCUGGCUUUGCGUCUCUUUUCUCAUAGGAUGGAUGCCCCAGAUGAUAUCCAUUCCUCUGGCUUACUGGUUGCCAAAUUUGCAAUUCAGUCGUUAU